AUGUCUUUACUUCAUUCUCAAUAUCUACGCCCGUUUAUUCUAAUAGCAUUUGGUAUAAAGCCCUUGUUUGUUUUUCCUUCGCUUCAUAUCUGUCCAUCCUCCAUUCUUGUUGCUUCAAACACGAUCCGAAGUUUAUCAACUACAUCGAUGCUGACGAUCAUACUUCUAGCACUCUUUGUAAAUUUAGAGGCAGCACGCCGUCCGGCAAAAACCGGACAGCCGGCUACUACAACUUUCACCACGAAUGUAUCCUAUAAAGGGCAUCUGAUAGGGACAUACAUCAACGCUGCAAAAUCUCAGCUUAAAAAACAGCUGCGGCGUCGCAAACUUCCUUACAUCGAAAAUAUGUUCAAAGUGAAGGCCCGCAAUGUGGGUGGUAAAGUAGCAAUAGAUUUGAAAGUGUCAGCAGCGCCAAACUGUAAAUUGGUGAUAGACAUGGCGAAGGAAGCAAAGAGAUCAAAUGGUCUAAUAAAAUCCGCAAGUGUGAAAUGUGGAAAGGGCCCUGCUAAAAACGUUUAG